UUUUAUGUUUCUAACAUAUCCGCAGCUGCUUACAUAGAGCGAAUCACAAAGAAGAAACAGUCUUCUGCUCGAUGCGUUUAUAUUCCACUAUUCAAAAUUAUAUUUAAAAACAAAAACACACACACCGCCGUUACAGCAGCCGCAAAGUCCUCAGCGCGCCUCGCUUCGUUCCAUAGACGAUCUUCGUCUUCCCGCGGCGCUGACGUGUGUCGCCCCGUCACGUGACCCCUCCCAGGAAUGCGAACAAUGCAGCGGAGUGUCCGACUUCUUCUGCUGCUGCUGCCGCUGCUUCUUCUUCUUCUUCUUCUUCUGCCGCCGCUGCCCGGAGUCCGAGGGGAGAAAAUGGAGGCUCGUUUCUUCUCGCUUAACCGCUUCCUUCGUCCUCCUCGCGCCUCGAGCCCUUUUCCCGCCCACGCGACGACGCUUUCCAAGUAAAAAACGCAACUUUUGUCCUUUUUUAAACCGGAGUUCUCGCUUCUUCAUGGCGACCAGCAGCGUUGUGCUUUGGCUCCGCGGCGUCCUCGCCACCGGCUGCAUUUCCUGGAACAAGCUGGAACCCCGAGCCCCGAGGAGCCCCGCCACGGAGCGCCUGUAGCCGCCCACCUUCUUCCAGCUCGCCAUCCUCGCCAUCACAACGGGAGGCACGCAGGGGCGACCCCUUCCCCCGCCCCCCCCGCUUCGCCCCUUAGUGUCGGCCAUCCCCAGAAGGACAUUUUGGGGUCACUGCCUGUGCGUUUUCCCCUCCCCCCCGCGACCCCGUAGAGUAGCCAUGAGGCCCAAGACGUUCCCCGCGGCGCCGUACAUGGGCAACACGCGCCAGAGGCUGCAGGAGAUCAAGGAGGGUCUGAAGCAGCCGGCCAAGCUGGUGAGCCAGGCGCUGCAAGGCGCCGGCUCUCGGGCCGCCGCCGCCGCCACCGCGGCCGCCAGAGGCGCCGACUGCAAGACCGGGAAGGACGCCGCCAGCCGGCAGCAGCAACAGCUCCGCCCCCCCCAGAAGUUCAACAACCACCAGAAUGCACUGCUGGAGAUCCGCAAGUCCCUCAAGCCCUACGAGGUCAACCGGCAGAUGCUGCAGGAUCUGGUCAACGCCGGCUGUGACCAGGAGAUGGCGGUGCGAGCGCUGAAGCAGACGGGAAGCAGGAACAUCGAAGCGGCCUUGGACUACAUCAGUAAGAUGAGUUACCUCGACCCGCGCAACGAGCUCAUCGUCCGCGUCAUCAAGCAGACGUCCCCGGGAAAGGCCGCCAUGCCGAACCCGAUGGACCACCGGCCCCCGCUAGAGGCUCCGGGCGAGGUGGGCGCGAUGCCUCAGUACCACCAGAUGGGGGCUCCCCUGUACGAGGGGGCCGGUGGCUACGGCCCCAAGGGCGAGCUGCCCAGACCGUACAUGAGCGCUCCGCCCGUCAUGAACUACAUGAUACCCCCGUCCGGUGCGCCACAGGGCCCCCCCAUGGGUCGCCCCCCAAGCAUGGGCUCCUACCCUCCGGGGAUGGCCAGCCAGGGCAACCCGGCCGGCCCCAUGUACGGGCCGGGGGCGCAGCAGAAGGGCUACGCCGGCGGCAUGGAGCAGCACGGACCCAUGAUGAGCUACACCGUCCCCGGCCAGCCGCUGCAGCUCCAGCCGCAGCCACAGGGGGGCCCCGUCCCGGGCCCCCACUACGACUACGGCCACGCCCGGCCGCACAUGAUGGAGCCGGCGGGCUACGGCGUCAAGAGGACCGCCUCCUUCCAGAGCAAGAUGGCGCCGUCCAUGGUGCAGAGCGUUCCCGCAGGUGGGGGCUACCCGGCCAACCUGUACCUGCCCCCCCAUUCCCACCCGCGGCAGGCCAGCCCCACCUCCCACCACGUCCACAUCAUGUCCCGCGGUGCGGGCCCCGAGUUCUCCGACAUGCCCCAGGGCCUGAUGACGCCCUCCAGGGCCAGCCUGAACCUGGACCUGUACGAGCACCACUGGGCGGGGCCUCCAGGCGUCGACGGCGCGCCUCAGGCCAGGCAGCCCCAGGGCCCCUUCCGGGGGGAGGUGCGUGCCCCCAGCAGAACCAACUCCUUCAACAGUCGCUCCGUGGGGCCCGCCGGCGUGCGGCCCGCGAUGACCGCGCCGCCCGCAGUCGGCAAACAGGACCCGUCCCUGGGCCAGCCCAACACCAUCACGGCGGUGACGUCCCCCCCCAUCCAGCAGCCGGUCAAGAGCAUCCGCGUGAUGAGGCCGGAGCCCAAGACGGCCGUGGGCCCGUGCCACCCCAGCUGGAUGACGGCGCAGGACGCGGCGGAGUCUCUGGCCUACAUGCCGGAGGAGACCUACAGCCUGGAGCCCCCCCAGGAGCCCCGUUGCCCGCCGCCGCCCUACCCCAAGAACCUGCUGAUGGAGGAAGGGGCCGCGGCCAUAUGCGCAGCCCAGGAUGGCGGCGGGUCUUCCAGAAGCAGCCCCGGGAGCGGGAAGGCGGACGAGAGCCAGCAGGUGAAGGAGAAGACGAAGACGGGCAAAGGAGAGAAGGCCGUGAAGGACAAGAAGCAGAUCCAGACGUCGCCGGUUCCCGUGAGGAAGAACGGUCGGGACGAGGAGAAGAGAGAGUCGCGCAUCAAGACCUACUCGCCCUUCGCCUUCAAGUUCUACAUGGAGCAGCACAUCGAGAAUGUGAUGAAGACCCACCAGCAGAAACUGAACCGCAGGCUGCAGCUGGAGCAGGAGAUGUCCAAGGCCGGCCUGUCCGAAGCCGAGCAGAAGCAGAUGAGGAAGAUGCUGAACCAGAAGGAGUCCAACUACAACCGGCUACGCCGGGCAAAGAUGGACAAGUCCAUGUUUGUCAAAAUUAAGACGCUGGGCAUCGGGGCCUUCGGCGAGGUGUGCCUCACGCGCAAAGUGGACACGGGCGCGCUCUACGCCAUGAAAACGCUGCGCAAGAAAGACGUCCUCAACCGCAACCAGGUGGCCCACGUGAAAGCGGAGCGCGACAUCCUGGCGGAGGCCGACAACGAGUGGGUGGUGCGCCUCUACUACUCCUUCCAGGACCGCGACAGCCUCUACUUCGUCAUGGACUACAUCCCCGGCGGGGACAUGAUGAGCCUGCUCAUCCGGAUGGGCGUCUUCCCCGAGCACCUGGCGCGCUUCUACGUGGCGGAGCUGACGCUCGCCAUCGAGAGCGUCCACAAGAUGGGCUUCAUCCACCGCGACAUCAAGCCCGACAACAUCCUCAUCGACCUGGACGGGCACAUCAAGCUGACUGACUUCGGCCUGUGCACGGGCUUCCGCUGGACGCACAACUCCAAGUACUACCAGAAAGGGAGCCACGUCAGACAGGACAGCAUGGAGCCCAGCGACUUCUGGGACGACGUGUCCAACUGUCGCUGCGGCGACCGGGUGACGAUGGAGCAGAGCGCCAACCGGCAGCACCAGCGCUGCCUGGCCCACUCUCUGGUGGGGACGCCCAACUACAUUGCGCCGGAGGUGCUGCUGCGCAAAGGUUACACCCAGCUGUGUGACUGGUGGAGCGUGGGAGUGAUCCUCUUUGAGAUGCUGGUGGGACAGCCGCCCUUCCUGGCCUCCACGCCCACCGAGACGCAGAUCAAGGUCAUCAACUGGGAGAGCACGCUGCAGGUGCCCGCCCAGGUGAAGCUGAGCCCGGAGGCCGUCGACAUCAUCGGACACCUCUGCUGCUCGGCGGAGGAUCGCCUCGGCGCCAACGGCGCCGGCGAGAUCAAGGCCCACCCCUUCCUCGCCCAGAUGGACUUCUCCAGCAACCCGCGGCAGCAGCCGGCGCCCUACCGGCCCAAGAUCGCCCACCCGAUGGACACGUCCAACUUCGACCCCGUGGAGGAGGAGGGCGGGCCCGGCGCGUCGAGCGACAGCGGCGACAGCACCCGGGCGCUGGACGCGCUCUGCUUGCCGCACGGGAAGCACCCGGAGCACGCCUUCUACGAGUUCACCUUCCGCAGGUUCUUCGACGACAACGGUUGCCCCUUCCGCUACCCGAAGCCGCUGGAGGCAUCCGGGCUGGUCCCGGAGCGAGGGGCUUGGGAGGAGGAGGAGGAGGAGGAGGAAGAGGAAGGUCGGCUUGAGUCUCUAUUUCACAAAUGGUUCAUUUGUUCAUGUUUGGUACAUUUUCUUUAUUUAACCGAAAUGACCCAAAGUGUGAGUGUCGCGUCACUUCCUGUCCCCACAGGAGCUUCUGUGUUGAUCGAGUACUUCCUGCUUGUUGACAAUCAAUAACUCUGCGUCGAACUGAUCCAACAGUAUUCUUGAGUUUUUAAAGUUACAUAUAUAUUUUUUAUUUUGCCUGACAAUGUAUUUUCUGUAAAUGUGCCUUAGUGUCGCCAUCGUCUUUUCACCGUUGUCUUUGAGCUGUUUUCAUUGUUUCCGCCUCCACGCCGGCUUGGUUCUGUAACUCAGAACCAAGCCUCAUAAUGUAGGAAUUCGGUUCAACGGUCAAGAUGUUGUUGCGGUUCGAUCACACAGGGGUCGAUCAUUUGUCAAGAUUUCACCAAUUAGCCGGUUUGAUCCUCAGAAGCACCUUUUUUCCGAUGUUUCAUGGGACGAUGUAGGAUUUUGCCGUAGACCGCUAUAAAACCACAAUAAAAUGAUUGUGGUAAAUUUCCAGAAGCUGUGUAGUUCACUAUGAAAGAAGUUAAUAACUCGUUUGAAAAAAACUAGACAGAUUAUCGUGAAAGAAAACCGACUUCUUGCAUUGGUUCUUUAGAACGUUCACACCAUAAACAUGUUACAAGUACUCAUGUAAGUUAAAGUAAUUCCAAUAUGUUGGAAUCAGAAUCAUUUUUCCCAAAUGAUCCUGACAUGAAAUGAGGUGACAGCCGGCUGAACGCCACGUGGUUUAAUAAACAAAUAGAAUUAACGCACCGUAUUUCAGGAAAAGUUGAACUGUUUCCCCGUCGCUCAGUGGCGAACUUCAGAUUGAGGCGCACUGAGGUCACGUUGGGUUGAAAUCAAAAGCUUUGAAAGAGAGCGACAAUCUUCAACUGGCAGGAUUUCUGCUCCACACUCGCUUGUUUAUCCUCUUUUUACUUUUUGUAUUUUUACUGCGAGGAGCCUCCUCGAUGUACGAUACAAUUCUGUUGCUAUUGAAUUUAUAUUUAUACAGAUAUACAUAUUUUUUCUAUCUUUUUUCCCCCCGUGUGCUAGAAAAACAACCCUGUCCACGCAGUAUUAUAGAUGAUGUCAUGUGGACAGCUGUCUCUCUUAUUACAUUUAUGAUGAACUGAGAAUAUGUAUUAAAAAUGCUUUCACAGUGUGUGUGAACUAUGUAUAAAUUAAAUUAACCAACUUGGA